CUCUGCCUGCAGUGGGGAGUGACCACAAUAAUAGGUUGAGUAUAGUCUUCUGCUCCCCUCCCUCUGCUCAUACACAGUGCACUAAGAGAGUGUCAGGGGAAAAAGCAUUGCCUGCCUGUGCUCUGUGAGGAUAUGAGUUUCAGCUCCUCCACACCCAGCAGCUGCAAACCAGAGGCACCUUGCACCUCACACCUCCCUGCAGCCUCCUCCAGCUUCUUAUGCUGCAAUGCUAGGAUGGGCUGCCUCUGUAGGCUCUCUCCUGCUCCUAGUCCUCUGGUCCUGUAAGAAACGCUUCAGCAGUACUUUCUCAGCAGUUGUGGAGGAGAAGGUGGAAGAACAUUACAAGCUGAUCUGCAAACCUUCAGCUUUGGCCAACUACCUGCUAAAACAGUGCAGGAGCUUUGGGAGUUACUCUCCUGUCAGGUGGCUCUGGAGGACCUUCCCCACCCUGCAGACCCUGGUUGGGGUGCUGGGACCUGUGGAUAAUGGGGUGCACUUUGUUAGAGAGUACCUCCAGCUGUGUGAUGAGGGUCUGGUGGCUCUGGACUGGGCUGUGAAACCUGGACAACAUCAGAGAAGGAGGAGGGCAUCAAGUAACUCCACGGUGCCCAUUCUGCUGGUCAUCCCAAACUCUUUUGGCAAGAUCACUAGGAACACCAGUAAGAUGUGUCACUUGGCCCUCACUCAUGGGUACCAGGCUGUGAUCUUCAAUCGUCGAUGCCAAAAUGGUUGUCCUCUCAGCACAAUAAAGUUACAACCUUAUGGCGAUCCUAAUGACUUGCGAGAAGCCAUCCGAUACAUUCGCCAUUGUCAACCUUCAUCUCGACUAUUUGCAGCCGGUGAAGGCACUGGAGCUGGACUUCUCCUGUCCUAUCUCGGAGAGUGUGGCUCAUCCAGCUACAUCACAGCAGCAGGCUGCAUCUCUCCUCUCUUUCGACUUCAAGACUGGUAUGAAGCUGGGUGUCCAUGGCCGUGGCAGGCAGCUUUGCUCUUCUACCAAAAAAUGUAUUUGAGCAGAUAUUCCACAGCUCUGGGACAGCUUAUAAAUACUGAAAAACUUUUGGGGAGUCAGACUUUAAAGGAACUUGAAGAAGCUUUGUUUUGCCAGACCAAGAUUUCCAAUGGUUUGACAUGGGAUACGUACUGGGAACGGAAUGACCCUCUAAGAGACAUUGAUGAAGUGGCUAUUCCAGUCCUGUGUAUUUGUAGCCAGGAUGAUCCCAUCCGUGGGGAGGCCCAUAGUACUGUACCAUUUGAGCUUUUUGAGACAAACCCCCAUUUCUUCUUGCUGAUGAGCCGUUAUGGAGGCCACUGCGGCUUUAUCAAAGACAAUAUGUCUGGUCCAAUAUGGAGUCACAGUGCACUGCUAGACUUUUUUAAGUCCACUGUAGAUUUCUUUGCUAUGGAAGAAAGGCUGAAAGGCCUCGCCAAAAGAAAAGGAACCAUCUCAAACUCCUUGAACAGGACGCUACAGGACAGAGUCUCCUGCAGAAAAGAACAAACCUGUCCUCACAAUAUCCAUGAAAUUUAUAACUGGCAGCGCUCCUACACAAGAUGAUACAAGCUGUAAAGUUAGAACUUUAAAAUUGUUGGGGAUUUUGUGGGCCAUUUUUUGGGAACUGGAAAUGUUGUAGAACAUAACAUUUGGCCUGGAAUUUGAUCUGGAGAUUUUAGAAUGUAUUGUCAUUUGUCCCUUUAAAAUGUUAUAGAAAAUUAAAGGCAUCGCCAUGGUAAAUAUAUAAUAUAUUAAUUAUUUAAUAUAAUAUUCCUUGUUCCCUGGAUUUCUUACAAAAAUUUUACUAAAAGAUAAAAUAAGUAAGCUAAAGCAGAGUUCAGUAAAAGAAGAUAUGUUGAAAUGGAUAAUGUACUGUUUGGCCGUUAGGUAAGAUGCUCUGUUGGUUUUCCUCGUUAUGUGUUACAUUGCUCAUUGUUUUUAAGAACUCUUACAAUGAAUAAUACAGGAUGUUGGCUUUUGUUUCUUAUGAACUGCUACAUACAACUGCUACAACUGCUGCACAUCGAUAAGAGGGAAAUG